GCAGUGCCCCCAAACUCCACCAUAAAGGCGUGAACCGCUAAAAGCCUGAUAAGGGGUUUAACUGAAACACAGCAGUGAAUGGACCAUUGCCUUGCUCACAAGUAUCCCUCCUCCUUAUCUCUUCUCCAAUCAUCUUUGCCUCCCAAGUUGAACCCUUCUCGUGUUUCGCCCUUCAACUUUUCCGGAAAUAUCACCCGCCGGAUCAAUUUUGGUGGAAGGACUAGGAGUCCUUAUCGGAGAGGGUUCUUGGUGUUAGCGGCUAGUGGUACUGGUAGUGAGUGUGGAGAGUACAGGGGUCUGUACACGCCGGUGCAACCCACGACGCCGGCUGGGAGGUUACUCAGUACUGUCUUGUUGAAUGAUCCCGACUAUUUUCCUCAAGUUGUCCAGAAACAGUUGGAGCAGUUGGCGGUUGACCGCUAUGAGGCCUUGCUCCGAAUGAACUUGAGCUCUGCCUCCCAUGAAGCUUGCCUUCAUAGGAGGAUUGCUGAAUUGAAAGAGCAUGAAUGUCAAGCAGCAAUUGAAGAUGCUAUGUAUGUGUUGAUAUGUUCCAAGUUUUAUGAAAUUAGAGUGCACUUGGUUCCUCAACUUUCCAAAUGCAUGUACAACGGCAGACUUGAGAUACUGCCUUCUAAGGACUGGGAACUUGAAUCUAUCCACAGCUUUGAGGUAUUGGAAAUGAUCCGGGAGCACCUUACCACUUUCGUAGGCUGGAGAGCCAACUCUAGUGUAACAGACAAGUGGGCAGUCACUCAGAUCUCUCGGCUUCAGCUCUGUCAAGUCUAUACAGCUUCGGUUUUGUAUGGAUACUUCCUUAAGGCUGCCUCAUUGAGGCAUACUCUGGAAAAGAAUCUGUUACAUAUGAACUUUGAUCUUGGUCUGAAUGUGGGAAGCCACUUUCCAGUUGCGGACAUGUGGGCUUUAGGGUCAAAGGCUGCUAUGUUUGGCCGUGUCCUGAGCACGCGAUCUACAUCAGUGAGCGAAGUGUCAUCUAAUCAGGCAAACAAAGGUGACAAGCUGAGGUGUUAUGUGAUGGGUUUUGACCCUGAAAGUUUGCAAAUGUGUGCGAAGCCAAAAUCAAAGGAGGCUGCAAACCUAAUUGAGAGACAGAGUUUUGCACUGUUUGGAGAUGAAAAGACUGGUCUGUUAGAAACUAAUGAGGUAAUUUCUACAUCAUUUGCAAGUCUCAAGAGAUAUGUUUUGGAGGCCAUAGCUUUUGGUUCAUACCUUUGGGACGCAGAAGAAUACAUCAGCACCAUAUGUGAGCUGGAGGACAACUGACUCCACUGGGUUACAUAAAUAUAUAUGGCGUCAUGCCUUCCUUUCUGUGUAUAUAUUUAUUUGAGUUUUAUGUGAACCGCUAAUGUACAGCAUCGUCUCCUAUAUUCCGCCGAGAGGAACAAUGUAUAGAAGGUUUUCUUUUUAUAUAGAUGUAUGGACGCUGGAAUGCGAGGAUCUUCAAGAUAUUGAUGAAUGGCAGGGAAGGGCUUCCAAUUUUAA